AUGAGGGCCACUCCGUUGCUCAUCUCAUGGCACAAUGACAACGCCCCUAUCUACUCGGUUCAUUUUGACCCCAAUGGCAAAGGCAGACUCGCUACUGCCGGAAAUGACAACAACGUCCGACUCUGGAAAGUCGAAUCGACCGGGGAGGAACGGAAGGUGACAUAUCUGAGCACACUCAUUAAGCAUACACAAGCCGUCAAUGUGGUGCGAUUUAGCCCGAAAGGUGAGAUGCUGGCGUCUGCCGGAGACGAUGGAAAUGUCUUGCUCUGGGUGCCCUCGGAGCUGCAGACACAAGCUGGGCUGGGCGAAGAUCGCUCGGACGACAAAGAGACAUGGCGAGUGAAGCAUAUGUGUCGUUCGUCUGGCGCUGAGAUCUACGACCUGGCUUGGUCCCCCGAUGGUGUUUUUAUCAUCACCGGGAGCAUGGACAACAUCGCCCGGAUCUAUAAUGCUCAAACUGGACAAAUGGUACGUCAAAUUGCAGAGCAUUCCCAUUACGUCCAAGGCGUAGCAUGGGACCCGUUGAAUGAGUUCGUCGCCACUCAGUCAUCCGAUCGAUCUGUUCAUAUCUACACAUUGAAAAACAAAGAUGGGCAAUUCACAUUGACACCACACGGUAAGGUGCUGAAGAUGGACCUGCCCGCAAAACGUGUCUCUAGUAGUCCCGCGCCCCCGGACGUGACCAGUCGUCCUCAACCGGGCAGUACUGGUGCUCUCGCGAUUGCCUCGCCUGCACCUUCAACCCCAGGCACCCCAAUGGCUUCUAAUCUACCUAUGGAUCCUCCUCCCGUCUCACAUAGCCGGCGCUCCUCGUUUGGCUCAUCGCCCUCAAUACGGCGCUCUGCAUCGCCUGCUCCCUCUUUGCCCUUACCCGCUGUCAAACCAUUGGAAGUCUCAUCUCCUAGUCUACAUGGUGGCGUGGGGGUCAAGAAUGCUAACAUAUACGCCAAUGAGACAUUUACCUCAUUCUUCCGGCGACUGACAUUCGCCCCCGAUGGAAGCCUGCUGUUCACCCCAGCCGGCCAGUACAAGACCACUCACGUUUCGGCGACGGAUUCUACGAAAACUACAGACGAAGUGAUCAACACAGUCUACGUCUACACGCGAGCUGGUUUCAACAAGCCCCCAAUUUCCCAUCUUCCGGGGCACAAGAAGCCAUCUGUGGCCGUCAGAUGCUCCCCGGUAUUCUACAAGCUCAAACAAAACGACCAACCUGCGAAGAAUAUCACACUCGAUACCUCCUCAGGCGAAGAGAUGUUCCCACCACUCCCAGACUCCGUUGUACCGGCGCCCCCUUCGUUCACAAGCCAACCCCAAAUGGUACCUCCGUCAACAACGUCGACCGAGGCACCAAAGCCGCAGGCCGCCCCCAAGACUGCCGAUAACAACAGCAGCGAGGCAAGCCCUGCGCCAGUAUUCGCCCUCCCAUAUCGCGUUGUAUAUGCAGUGGCCACCCAAGAUGCCGUCCUGGUGUAUGAUACACAACAACAAACUCCGUUGUGUGUUGUGAGCAACCUACACUUUGCAACAUUCACAGAUCUAACCUGGUCUGUCGAUGGUUUGACACUGUUGAUGAGUUCUUCAGAUGGCUUUUGCUCUACCCUCUCCUUCGCCCCCGGGGAACUGGGUCAGCCACAUACCGGUCCCGUCUCUAUGAGCCAGAGCACUGCAAAUGCAAGCACUCCUGCUUCAAACACUACAUCCUUACCAACCUCGACACAUGUUUCACCCCCAGUCAAGACGACCCCUGCGUCCACAGCCCCUACCGGUCCCGUGCCGCCAGCAAGUCCUGCGCGCUCCAACUCCGCCUGCUCGGUGGCAACACAAUCUCCCGCGCAGCAGGCACCAGCUAAUGUUGUUAACAACCCAACUCCCACUCUCGGGACCGUUCCAUCCGUAACGGCGGCACACUCCGCGCAGCCGGCAACACACCCCCUCCCUCUUACAACCCCGCCUCAAACACCAGUCUCCAGCACCCCACAGGCUUCCACGACGUCCAGCAGUGUGCUGGGGAAGCGGGGGGAGAUUGAACCAGAGGGCAACAAGGAUAUUGCGCCAAAUGCGGCUCAGCAGCCCAAGAAACGCCGUGUUGCGCCAACUCUCAUUUCGUCAAGCACUAAUCCCCCAUCCGAGAACACCAAGUCUUGA